AUGGCCGACCUGCCACCACCUCCAGCCUGCUCCCUCAUCUCUGCCUCCAAGCACAACCGCAUCGUCAUCUGGCGCGACGAGGUGGUGUCGGCAUCCGCCUCCUAUACCGCUGCCAGCAACUAUUCCGCUCCGUCACUCGUCACCACAACCACCGCGUCCUCGACGUCGCUGUCGCCCGAGGAGCUUGCCACCAUGUCGCGCGGCUCACGGCUGUGGUACAAGGUCAAGGCGCAGUUGGCGGGCAAGGCGCGCCGCCGCAGCAGCGUGACGGUCAACACUGCCGAGCUGCCAGACUUCCUGAUGCCUCCGCGGAAGGGCGACGUGACGCGGACGGCCAUGUACCAGAGCCUGCGGCCGGGAGAGCCCAGGCCCGACAGCGGCGACGACGAAGUCGUGCCUGGCCAAGACAGCAGCAACGGCCGCGGACGGCGUCUGUGGGAGAAGCAGAAGAGGCUGCUGAGGGCAUCGAGGCUACUGAGCCAAAACGUCUAG